CCACUUGUAUGUUUUUUUUUUUCUUUUAGAAGUCUCCCCGUGUUGGUCCAACAACACAUCUCUCCCGUCCAAUCGUCCGACCAGAUUUCUAAACCUUAAAAUCAGAAUAAUCUGACGGUCAAGAUCAUUAGAGUAUUCGCUAAACAAACCGAAAAGAACCACAAGAUCAUAGCUAUGUCUCUUGCUAUCGGGUUUUCUUCUCCAAUGAGAAGCCUCUAGCCUCAUCUACCACCUGCGCCCGUUACUUUCUCUUCUGCGAACUCUUCUCAGCGGCCCACUCUCUCUGGAGAGAACGAAACAACUCAGGACGACAAUAAUCAGAAAGUAUAUUGGAUGGCCAUAAUACAGUGUGGAAGUACAUGGGUUGCUCAAUGGGGUAUUCGUCCUCAGUUUAUGCUAAGACCAUACAUUGCGCGCAGGAUUUCAACACCUCAAUAUGGUGUCACAAGCAGGAUUAGCGAUUUGUCAUCCUCAAGUUCAAGCUUAUUUUCGCGUGAUUCACUACCAUCAUUAUCAUUAAGGGGAAUGACACAAAGUUCUCAAUAUCGUAAAGGAGCAAGGUUCAUUGUUAAGGCUGAUGCUGAUUAUUAUUCUGUCCUAGGUGUCUCAAAGAAUGCAAGUAAAUCGGAGAUCAAAAGCGGUAAGUUGAUAUUGUUCAUUAAUAGAUGGAUUGAAGAAAAACCAAGGAAGAAAUAGAGCAAAAUGGUGGAAGAAAUUGUCAGCUUUUCCUAAAAAAGUAGAUACUUAGAAAAUAAUGAGGUGAUGGAAGAUGAAUAUAAUAAAGGAAUGAUGUAUAUGAUGUUUGACAGGAUUUGUGAAGUAAAAGGGACGAAGAACUUCACUUUUUGAAUAA